AUGAAAGGGUUAGGAACCAACCGCAGUCGUCACCUGUCUGACUCGUGUGAACCAGCAGGAUGCCCACAGAAGCCUCUAUGUCCUUUAACCUCAGACCCUCACAGCUCCUUCCUGUUGAGCCCCACCAUAAACCACUAUGGCACUUUGGAUCCGCAUCUCCACCAGUGCCCUCCCACCAGUCCCACCACCCUGACCCCUGACUGCCUGCUGCCUUUUAGCCAAAUGUCCAACAGCAGCACCUUCCCUCGUCUGCACUUCACCUCCCAGACUGAUCAGGUUGACUACUCCCAGGGCUGUUUGGCUGGUGGUGGAGGAGUUGGGCAGGGCAGCAGGGCAGGUACAUUGUCCACCUCCUUGUCUAUGGGCAUGGGCUUGGGUUUAGGCCUCACUGGUGCUCCUAUGAUCACCAGUGGAUCAGCCACCAUAUCCUCUGCGGCAGCUGCCAAGAUGAAUCGGUUACCCUCCAACCUUUUGGAUCAGCUAGAGAGGCACCUGCCACUGCAGCGUGAUGGCUUCAGUACUCUGCAGUUUCAUAGAGGACGCAUGUCAAAGCAACGCAGUGAGAGUCCAGGACGCAUACGUCACCUGAUGCACUCUGUGCAGAAGCUAUUUGCCAAGUCCCAGUCCCUUGAAAAUUCUGCAAUCAAAGGCAGCAUAAACGGGCGCUCAGCUGGAGGAGUGACUGGCACCACGGGGGCUGGGGAGGAUGGUGGUAGACCAGCCCGCAGGAGCAAAAGCAAAGACAGGGCUAAAACUGAGGGGCCAAAGCAGAGACCUAGACCCAAUGCACUAGGUCUCUGGAGCUCAGAUGACGCCCUGGACACUGACACUACCAAAGCUGGCACUAUUGCUGUCGGUUACCGCAACCCACUGAGCAUGAUGACUCUUGGCAGAGCGGUGUCAGACAGCCAGGCUCCUCCCAGACAUAUCCCACAGGGCUACAACACCAUUUCUGCACAUACUCUCAAGACCUCUAAAAGCAGCAGUGACCUCAAGUUCCUUGCAUGCCCUGCGGCACAGGUAGGAACCAAGGAUGAGGAGGGAAGAACUAGGGGAAGCAAGGACGAUACAAUGGUGAAGAGGGGCUCCUGGUCCACUCUAACCCUCAGCCAGGCCAGGCAAGUGUUGCAGAAGGGCUCUGCUACAGUGAACAGGACCCUACUUAAAUCAAAGUCAUGCCACCAAGACCUGACACAACAGUUCCUUCAGGUAGGAGGGCCAGUCCCACUGGGUGACUGGGCAGGAACUUUGGGUCGUGGCCGGGCCAGGGGAACUGAAAUCCCCUGUCGAAGGAUGCGCAGUGGCAGCUAUGUGAAAGCCAUGGGAGACUUAGAAGACAGUGAGGACUCAGAGGGAAGCCCCAAACCUUCCCCCAAAUCUGCAGCUCGUCGCCAGAGCUACCUGAAGGCCACCCAGCGCUCCCUGAGUGAGCAACAACCACCACCACCUCCACGCAAGCCUCGUUGCUACGCUCUCAUGCGGGAGGAUUAUCUGUGGUCUCCUCUGCAAAGUGCAUGCUCUAUGCAGCAUCUGAGCUCCCUGCCAUCCCUGAAAGAGCUGUCGACUAAUCGGAGCCUUGAUAACUUAGACUGCCUGGUGAGCCCGUUGGAGGCCCCUCCACGCCACCGGAACAAUGAUUUCAGCCAAUGCUCUGGCACACUGGGCAGAGGUGCGGGCACUCAGCGUGUGAGUCUGCACACGUUCUUUCAGGUAUGCGGGCAGGGCUGUGGGCACUCAGUACCAUACUGUGACGGGGAAUCGCAGGCAGUGGAGGCUCUGGAUCUGCCCGCUCCUACGUGCUUCCGGUCGCGCAGUCACAGCUACCUGCGGGCCAUCCAGGCAGGCUGUUCCCAGGAUGAAGAUACGGCCUCUGUGGACUCAGACUCACCACCACCCACCACUACAGGCUACAGCUACAGCUCCAACACCACAGUCAGCAAUAGGAAGGCUCCUCCUCCAGUCCCACCCCGCACCACCUCCAAACCCCUCAUCUCAGUGACGCUGCAGAGCAGCACCGAGUCAGCCCAGGACACAUACCUUGACCAGCAGGACCGUGGCAGUGAGGCCAACAGCCAGUCCGGACGCAGCAACUCCUCUGACAGUCUCUGUAGCAUCCGCACGGGCAGUCUGGCUAAGGGGACCCAGCCUCCACCAGCUACUGUCCCUGCUGUAACCCCUGCACCUGCUGCAGGCUCUGCACCUCCUGUUCCAGCCCCUCGUGACCUCCCUCCCACCAUCACUGUUGCCAUCGCCACCACUUCUACAUCUACCCAGUCACAAAAUGACACCCUGAGCACUGGUGUCACCCUAGAGCAGCCCCCGACUGCACCCAAGAGGAAAUUAUCCUCAAUCGGAAUUCAGGUGGAUUGCCUUGUUCCAAUUCCAAGAGAGGAACCACUACUCCUGACUACACCCUUAAAAUUUCAGUCAAUUGGAGUUCAAGUGGAGAACGGCAGGCCUCUCAGCCGGGACAGCAGCAUGGCUUCCAGACAAAAUACAGAGACUGAGCCUCAGGAGCUCCAGGAUGCCGCACCCACAGAAAACAACACAGCCAACUGCACCAACAGUCAAACAGUGAAUGCCACUGCGCCCAACGGACAGGACAAAGCCAUGGAAAAGCAGCCCCUUAAAUACACCUCAGCCACAUCCAGGAUAUCCAACUCUCCCCCAGAGACUCUGGAUCCGGCUUUAGACCCCUCCUCGUUGCCACCGCCAGACCCCAGCCUGGAGACCGGGAACUGCAGCACCCACGGAGAUUCUGCUCAGCCCAGCACGCCAGCUUGCCUCCGAGACGGUAACUGGUUUCUGAAGCUGCUGCAGGCGGAAACAGGCCGCAUGGAGGGCUGGUGUCAACAGAUGGAGCAGGAGACCAAAGACAACAAGCUCUCAGAGGAGGUGCUGGGGACAAUCCGCAGUGCAGUCGGCAGCGCUCAGCUCCUCAUGUCACAGAAGUUCGAGCAGUUCAGAGGGCUCUGUAAUGAGAACUUGAACGUGAAUGCCAACCCACGACCGACAGCACAGGACCUUGCAGGGUUCUGGGAUCUGCUACAACUUUCGAUAGAAGACAUCAGCAUGAAGUUUGAUGAGCUUUACCAACUGAAAGCCAACAACUGGCAACUUCCUGAGAAAUCAGAGAAGAAGGAUGAAAACAAGCAGCUUCCAUCAUCUGUGCCAAAGAAGCAAUCUAAGCCCAAACUGUCGGCGGGGAAGGACAGGAGUGUGGACUCGGCCGUGGACAAGCAGCGGCAAGAAGCCAGAAAACGGCUGAUGGCAGCAAAGCGUGCGGCGUCAGUGCGACAGAACUCCGCCACAGAAAGCGCUGACAGCAUCGAAAUCUACGUCCCCGAGGCCCAAACCCGCCUCUGAGAAUGAACCAGCACAGAUCAUCGAGGAAAAUCCUGACUCACUUCAGACAUUCAUUGACACAAACACACAAGCAGAUCUGAGACAAACACACAGAUGUACUACAGAUGCACAGAGGCCGAUCCCUCAUUGCAGCACAGCUGAUGACAGGAGAAAUGUGGGGAUCACAGGGCACCGAAACAAUCCAGAAAAAUGCAGAUCAUCACCCUGCUGCCAUGGGACAGAAAUAACAUUGACAGAUGUUUAAUACUAUUGUUAUUAUUGUUAUUAAUGACAUUAUAAUAAUUAUUAUCUCCUAAAGUAUAUCAAGACUGUCUUAAAUGUGCAAGUAUCUUGGAUAAGGACAUCCUGUACCUUGUGAGCUGAAGAAUCUUGGUAUCCCAGAAGUUUACUCUCUUAAAACUCCCUUCACUGCUGAGUCUACCGGCAAGUUGUGGCUGCCUGGUUACGAGCUGAGCUACCAUCCACACACACUCAGGACACACAUGCAGGUGUACUCACUGUCCACAGAGUCUUCCUGUUCUCUAUUUGUAUUAGGCUGCCACUCGUUGGGUGUGGUGUGUACGCUUAAUUGUGUAAGAAUUAUAAGAUGGCGUUAAUGUACUCAGAGGUUUAAAAUGCAGAGAACCAGAGGAAGGCAGUAGCAUAUAUAUUAUAAAUAUCACACUAUUACAAUGUUCAUUUUGUAAAUGUUGUAUACCAGAUUAUUUGUUAGAAAGAGGUCAGUGUUCAAUACCAAGGUAGUUUUUUAUAGAUCAAGUACAUGUACUGUCAUGAUAUAUUAGCACUUGAUGCAAUCAUUCACUCCACCUCUCUCUCUCUCUCUUCCUCUCCUUUUCACAAACACACACUACACAGUCUGUGUCUGUGAAUAACCAUUGUUAAAGUCUUACAUUUGUUUGUUUUUGUCAAGGGUUGUGAGGACUGACUGCCCAGCCAGUGAGCUACGGAGGAAUGUAUGAAAUGUAUGCAUUUACAGCUCAUUUUGACUUGAUCACUGCACUUUCCAUUCACCUCAGAUCAAGUUAUCCCACCUUUGUUUGCCUGAUCAUUCUGACUUUCACUGCAUCGUCGUGCGAUGUAGGGGACCAAGACUCACCACUUGAUAUAUGGCAUUCCCAUUCAACCAGACUACAUGUGAUAGGGUGGGGGUUUACUUGCUACUGGAAAGGAAAUGGAAUAACAUAGCAAUAAUAAAAUCAUAUGAGAACAAGCAAUGCAGUAGGUACCCAGUCUUAAAUUAUUUAAUGCAGCAUCUCCAGUAAGGCUUUCUUAGCAUGAAGGAUGAAUGUUUAUUUCGUUUAUGAACUGGCUGUCCUUGAAAAGACUAAAAUCUCAGGUUUAACACUCAAACUCAUGAGUAAAAACCACUAUGGACUGAUUAUUUAUUAUAUAAUCUCAAAUGAGAUGGCCAAAUGCUCACAGCCUUUGCCAAAUAUUUCAAUUCCAGGCUUACUUGGUGUUCUUUAAAAAGAAAAAUAAGUUCACGUAAGGCUUGGUUCAGUGAAAUACAGGCUUAAUUUGACAGCUAAAAUCAGCUGUCUCCUUCACUCCCCUUUCUAGCAGCUUGAACUCCCACCCAUUUGUUGAAAAUGAAGAACUGUGGUACAUUUCUAAUUUAAAUUUUAAUAUUAUUGGACAGGUUUUGUGACUUUCAUUCGAAAUGAGGUGAGCCUAAACAUGUCUUGACUUCUGUAAUUAUAAAAAUCUAUGGUGCUGCGAGGGAUUUCGUAUUGUGCCAAGACGGCAACGAUCAACAUUUCAGUGUCAUUUGAUAAAGCUUUUAUUUAAAGUGA